ACCGAACUUUUGGACCGGGUGGCAGCCCCAAACUGUAGCGCACGUACUUUUUCCAUAUAUUUGAUAAAAAUUUGUGAAAUCACUUGUUUUUGAUGUUUCUUUGUCCUAUAGACACAAAUUGAAGAAUCUGUGAAUUGAAUCACGAUUUGACAUUGAAAAACAAAUGCCAUGCUGGGGUGGUUGUGGUGGGCGUAGAGCACGAAGAGGAAGAGAACGAAGAGCGAAGGGCAAGGAUAAAAACACGGAAACGGUCGAUCGAAGAAAGGACAUAAUACAAGAACAACAACAAUAAUAACAACAUGCCCUGUGAGAGUUGUAGAGUUGAAUUCACAGUAUUUCGUCGCAAGCGCAGCUGCUGCGAUUGCAGGCGAUACUAUUGCAACAAUUGUCUGACGCUGACGACGGCGCGACGCUGCCAACGAUGUGCAAUAUUUGCUCAGAGACCGCUGCUGCGCACGGAUUUACUGAAACUCAAGCCAAAAGAUUUAAUAUUUUAUUUGCAAUCCAAGCACAUUUCCACUGAGGGCUGCCUGGAGAAGGAAGAGCUGGUCGGCCUGGUGCUGACUCAUGUGGCGCAAACGGAUCGCAAUUCCCGUCGACCGUCAUCCAAUAAUAGUCCUCGACAUGGCCAAGCCAAUCCCAUGGACAGUCUGAAGCAAACGUGCCAAAACUUUUUCACCAAUCUGAGUGACAACUUCAGUGAUUCCUUUGCCUCCUUCGACACCAAGACGAGUGCGAAGACGACGGCGGAAAACAGUCGGGCAAACAGUCGUCAUGCCUCCCAUGACAAUGCUGCAGCUGCUCCGACCUCGCCCACUCAUAUAUUCGAGCAGCCACGUGUCUCCACACGCGAGAUUCCCACAUACGCGAGUUCAGGUCAUGUUAGGACACCAACAACACCCAGAAGCAACUCCACGGAGGUGGCCCAUGUACAUGUGAGUCCCUCAAGCUCAUCCACGCACACAAGCACUUCACCAACGGCCACAGAGGAGCGCAGAUCAGCCACAGUGCCAGCCACAUUAGCUGUCAGGAGCAUUAUUGAUAAUGAUCCCGAUAACUCCGAAUGCGAAUGCUCGGAUGAUGAAAUUAUUAACACAUUCAGCGAACGCACUUCCAAUAAGAACAGCGAGCAGAGUGCUGGACAGGAGAGUCUAAACAGGCCGCCCCUGGAGCUGAGAACUGUGGGAGGGGCCACGAACAACGCGGCAACAACAAACCUCAGUCCAGGUUAUUCCAAGCCAGACUCACUAAGCUCCAAGGUGGAUGCAUGUGGUGCGGACUCAUCGCAGUCCAGUUUCGAGGAACUGGGCGCCAUUGGCGGCAUCUCGGAUGAGAGCAAGGCAGCUACAGAUACCAACAGCAGCAAUUUGGAUCAAUGGCAGAUCUUGGAGCAAACUGCAGCUCCAAGCAGCAGCAGUCAGCUGAAUCCACAGUCUAUUGGUGCAACUACAGAAGAGAUUCUGGAGGUGACGCUGCGACAUGAGCCCGGGGAGACUCCAAACAUUGAACAGCGCACGGUGACAGUGCCACAGUUGCCGCUGCGUGUCAAGAAGGUGACCAGGCGACGCUCCGAUGGCUACCUGAAUCGUCGUCAUCAUUCCAGCGAUGAUGAAUCACCAGUGGCGACCACCGGACCAGCUUUAAGUACAUUGAGUGAACAGCCAGAGCCGGUAACGGGAACGGGAACGGGAUCGGGAACAGCCUCCAGCAGCUGUCAGCGUUGUGGCAAGAACAAAACAAAUAUACGCCGACAUGUGGAGAAGAUGCGUCGACAUUUGGAGAACUCGCAAAUGUCCGAGGAGGAUAUUAAGCGAGAGCUGCAAGAGUUUCUCACGUAUCUGGAGCAGCGCACCAAGUCCAUAGAUUGCUCCGAAGCAGAUAGUCAUAUGGUAUCACCGCUCAGCGGUGCAGAUGUGGGCAGCAUUGCAGCUGGCGGCGGUGUCUCCGGCUCUGGCAUGCCCAUCACACCCACCAUUGAGUUCUCACCCACGCAGGACGAUAAUGAUGCUCACUGGGAUGACGAUGAGGGGAUUCAUGUGUAUGCAGCGCCGCUUGGCUUUGAACCCGCCAACGGCUUCGAUUCACGCUUCAUUAACUUGGAAGACUUUGAGGACCUAAAAGACUUGGAAAACUUAACGGUGAAACAAUUGAAGGAGGUGCUGAUGUUGCAUCGUGUUGACUACAAAGGAUGCUGUGAGAAGCAGGAAUUGCUCGAUCGUGUGGAAAGACUAUGGAAAACAAUGCGCACUGCGCCAGCUGUUGAGAAACUUGCCACUGACGAGCUUUGUAAGAUCUGCAUGGAUGCGCCAAUCGAGUGCGUAUUCCUGGAAUGCGGCCAUAUGGCGACAUGCACCAAUUGUGGAAAAGUGCUACCCGAGUGCCCAAUUUGCCGACAAUAUAUUGUACGAGUUGUAAGAUUCUUUAGGGCAUAAUUGUAAUUGUUAUUGUAAAUGGCAGCCCAUUGAUUUGAUUAUUGGUUUAGGAAUAUGUAUACUACUAUAUAUGUAUUAUGGUAUCCAGGAGGGAGGCCAAGUGAUUGCUGUUCUGUGCACGUACAUACAUUUUAUGUAUAAAAAAAAAACAAACAAACUCAAAAAUUAAUGCACAGAAUGUGCUAUUUAGAUUAUCGUUGGUGAGUCUUGUAUUGAACCUCAAGAUAAUAAUAACUUUGUUUCCUUAUAUAUCUUACAUACAGACAAUUGUGUUACAAUUAAGGUAUACAACUUUCAAAGUGUGUAUUAACUAACGUAUUUAAUUUAUGCAAUAGUUUGGCGAUUGUUUUUAUUUAUCUUGUUGUUUGUACUUGUGGAAUGAUCGAGUUGUAGUUUUAGAUAAGCUAACAUUCCCGUAAACUGUAAAUUAUGGAAUCUAUUAUAAAUACUGUUGUAAAUUUCGUCUAGAUACGCAUUUACAUCAAUGAAAUAAAUAUUUUAAAUUAAA